CUUUGCCUCAGGCGCGCGUAAAACUCAACCACUCUUGUCUAUGGGAACGAAUUCGUAAAUCGAACAAUUGUGUCAGGCGAUUAGAGAUUGCUUAUGCGAUAUUUUUAAUGUAAUUCAACGCUAACACAACAUUUUGUUUCAGUUAUCAGUGCGUAGAUAAUUAAUUCUAAAAAAGAAAAACAGAUAUAAAAUUUAUAAGGUCCUAAAAUUAAUCAAAGUUUAGUGCAUAGUUUAUCGGUGUACCAAAUAUGUAAUUAACGCAACAAUGACGUCACACGCGCUGAAAGUGGACAACUGGUCGCAUUGCACCACGCCCUCCGACAGAAACGGCCCACCGCUGGUCUCCGUGAAGUUGGGAUGCCUCCACAUCAACCCUGCUUCCAUACGUGGUCGUCGUGUAUUCUUGCUGCAAAUGGUAGUGCUUUGCUUCGUGCCGCACGCUGCGCUGGUGCUGCAGAACUGCACCAUCAUGGCGCAGCUGGCGCAGACCAUCGACUCCUCACUGUUCCUAGACAGCGAGGUAAACAGAACACUCUCCCUGGGGGAGAUGAUCCUUGCGAUAGAGCGCGAGCGCCUCUCCGUGUCCCGGCACUUGUCUGAGCCCGUGUCAGCAAACGUCCUGAAUAAGGGCACGCUCGAGCAAAUAUUUGCCGCAACGGACCGGUGGGUGGGUGACAAUCAGUCCCUCGUGCCUGAUCUACUGAAAAUGUCAUUAUACGACUUUAGGGAGGAAGUAUUGAAUGAAUUGAAUAAGAAAAGUGAAUCAAUGAGAAGGAUUUCUAUCUACCAACAAAUAAAUAAUAUGCUGCUCAACUAUAUGAUGAGAAAUGUAAGAUCUACAAAAUCGCCGUUAUGGAGGAAAUUCCUAGCGUGUUACGAACUAGUGAAAACUAUGGACGAGAUGUCGGUCACGAUAGUUAUUUUGAAAUUGAUGGACACUGACCUCCACGUGCUGUUUCCACUCCAACAUCACAUGGGGUCAGUGCUUGAACAUCUGCAGUCCACUCUUCAGUUCUUGGAGGCGGAGGAAGAUGUAAAUGUGAUGAGGGAGUUAUAUGAAUAUUACAAAACAUCAAACAUCACAUCACUGAACUCGAGUGAAAUCAAUAGCAAUAAAUCGAGGGAGGUCUCCGAAAAAUAUAUAGCAGACACAACCAUCUCCUUAGAGAAAUUGAAGGAUAUAAAAACGCAUUUAUGGGCUAUUGUCAGAGAGUCUGCGAGUUCCGAAGUGUGGGCCGCUCGUCAGACGCUCGCGUUGGGUGUGGCGAUAUUUAGCGUGGUGCUGCUAGCUUCGCCGGUGCUGUUGAUGCUUCUUCGGCACAUUAUGUAUACGUUGCAGAUAUUUACAGAAUCCAUAGAGAACAGCACCCAACAGCUAAUGGCGGAGAAGCAGAAGAGCGAUCUGCUUCUGUCGCGCAUGCUUCCCAUGCCGGUGCUGCGGCGACUGCGCGCGGAGCGCACGGUGCCGGCGGAGGCGUUCGAUGCGGUCACGAUAUACUUCAGUGACAUCGUCGGCUUCACCAGCAUCGCUGCCAACAGCACGCCCAUGGAGAUUAUCAAUAUGCUCAACAUGCUUUACAGGAUGUUCGAUGACACAAUAAAGCAGUACAACGUGUACAAGGUGGAGACAAUCGGCGACGCGUACAUGGUGGUGUCGGGGCUGCCUCAGAGAAACGGCAACCGCCACGCGUCGGAGAUAGCGGACAUGUCGCUAUCGCUCCUGCGCUGCGUGCAGGGCGCGCGCGUGCCGCACCGGCCCGCCGAGCCGCUGCGCAUCCGCGCCGGCGUCAAUACGGGCCCGUGCGUGGCCGGCGUGGUGGGCGCCACCAUGCCGCGCUACUGCCUGUUCGGUGACACCAUCAACACCGCCAGCCGGAUGGAGAGCACGGGCGAAGCAAUGAGAAUACACAUAUCGCAGACUACGAAGGAAGCUCUCGACGAGAUUGGCAAGUACGUGGUGGAGUCAAGAGGCGUCGUCGAAGUGCCCGGUAAAGGUUCUAUGGAGACAUUUUGGUUGUUGGGCAAAAUGGGCAGCGCUCAAGCGGAGAGCCCGCGCCGUCUGCGCCUUCAGGACUACGACCAGAACAUUCUAGAAUUGCUCAUCAAAUAACUUUGCCCAUCCUUUUGUGUAGUUCGUAAGCUAUGUUGAUUAAUAUGUAAUUAAGUAGACUUAAAUAAAUUUAACUCAAAUCUC